CCUCCGAGAAACCCACUAUAAAAAACCGCAAACUAGGGUUUCUACAAAUCCUCAAAUUCCAACUUCAGCAGCAGCAGUCAUCUCCGAGGAGGAAGUCGCCGCCGAUCGUGAAAAUGCCGUCCCACAAGUCUUUCAUGAUCAAGAAGAAGCUGGCGAAGAAGCAGAGGCAGAACAGGCCUAUUCCUUACUGGAUCCGCAUGAGGACCGAUAACACCAUCAGGUACAACGCCAAGCGCAGGCACUGGAGGCGUACCAAGUUGGGAUUUUGAGGUGGAUGGCUUGGAGUUCUCUUCAAGGUUCCAUUGAAAAAUUUAUGGGAUUUUGGUUACUUACCGUUUUGUUUAGUAGGAGCUUGUUUCUGAAACGAAAUCUAGUAGAGUUGUUUUCUACUGAUGUUUUGGGAAAAUAUUUUGGAGCUAUAUUCAGCUGAGUUUAUGUAUUGAAUGAAUAUUUUUGGAUUUA